AACAGGUAACGUUUAAAAAAAAUGUCAUAGUUUACACGUAGUACCUAGUAAAUUACCACAUUGAUGUUUAUUAAGUAACAUUCUAAACUACUGACUAUUAUUAUUGGUUUUUUAUCUUGUAUUUUGUGGGAAUUAACGCUGCUCUAAUAUACCGGAGAAUGGAGAGAGAUCAGCGUUUUAGCUUCAAGCUGUUGGUGCCUCCCAGGGUGAAUAACGGACCAAUAUCUGCGGUUCAACCUCAAGAAAUAGUUGAAGACAGAGGCAAUUUCAUGAAAGCAUUGCAACCUAGUUACAGUGAAUGCUUUGACAAAGAGAAAAACAUCCUGUCCCCCAAUACAAACGUGGUUGCACCAACUAAACCGCCCAAACAAGACUUUCUGAAGAUGAAACUCAUGCAACCAAUGGAGAAAGACGGGAAUAAUUGCAAUCCUGGUCAGCUUUAUUCAAAGCUGUUUGAUGAAGUUGAGAAAAUUAAGUGUUGGAAGGUUAAAGUUUAUUCUGACACUGUGGAAAAGGAAAGAAGGCUCCAAGAUAACAAAAGAACAAUUGAAACACAGCGCAAGGCAAUUCAGGAGUUGCAGUUUGGAAAUGAAAGUCUCAGCAUAAAGAUGGAGGAGCAGAUUAGUGAAAAUGAAGAACUGAGAAACAAAAACAAUUCAACAUGGAACUUGUGCAAUAUACUCAAGGAAACCUUUGACUCGUCAGUUGAGAAAAUACAUUUAUUUGAAGCUGAAAGAGAGGAAACCCACCACCUCCUUACUGAAAACAACGAAAGCGUUAAGAAAAUGAUUGCCGCAUUUGAAAGCCUACGUGUCCGAGUAGAAACUGAUCAGCAAGAGAUGCAGAAAGUCAAAGAAGACUUACUGCAAUUUGACCAUCUACAAAAGAAAUAUCAGCAGGAAUUUAAGAUAAAACAGGAAGAGAUAACCAUGCUUCAAUUAAAACUUAAGGAUAAGGAAACCCAACUACAGAAACUCCUGCUGGACCUCGAUGAAACUCAGAAGCACUGCAAUGAACUUCAACAGUCAACAAAUCAUCAAUUUGAAGUUCUCAAAAGUGCAAAAGCUGAACAGGAAUCUCUUCUUCAACAACUGAAUAUUGCUGAGCAGCGCUGCAGAGAGACUGAGAAAAAUCAGGAAACUACUGCUGCAGCCUUGGAACAAAGUAAAAAAGAGUAUGCUGAGGUCAUCCAAAGCAAAGAUCUCAGUUUACAGGAGCUCAACAGAGUCAAAAACCAGCAAGCAGAGGAGCUAGAGUGCAUUCAAUCAACCAUUCAAGAGCUAAAGACUUCACUAGCACUAGAGAAAGAGAGGGCCAAAGAGCUUGAGGAUAAACUUAUAGAAAACAACACUGAACUUGAAAGGAGAAACACAGUUUUAGGGGAAACCUUCGACCAAGCUACAAAGAAAGAUGGCCUAAUCCAAAUUCUCAAAGAUGAACUGGACACAAAAUCUAAAUCCAUUGAGUCAGUGAAGGCUAAAAUUCAGUUCACUCAAGCUAAAAUGGAGGAACUCAUGGCUGAGCUUUUAAAGAAAACUGAAGAAAUCCACUUGGUUAAGAAAGAAGCAGAGAAUGCUUUUGCUGAAAAUGAUUCACUGAAAAAGUCUUGUGAAGCUGCUGAAAAGGAAAAAGAACAUUUACAGGAGAAGUCCACUUUGACUCAGAUCAAAGUGCAGGUGCUGGAGGAACAGCUGUGUACUGAAAUGAAGAAAAAUAAGGAAUGCAAUGUUCAGAUGGAGCAGCUGAGGAAAGACAUUUUGCAAAAUGAAGUAAAGUAUGAAGAGUUAUUAUCAAACUUUAAUGAGCUGCAGUCUGAGAAGACAGCCAUUCAAGAGCAGUUUGAAAAUGGAUUAUCUAACGUGCAAACUAUUGAGGCAAACAUGAAGGUGAGUGAGGAGAAGGCAUUAAAACUCGAUGGAGAAAUUCAAACGCUGGUGGAAGAAAACAAGACUUUACGAGAUGAGUUAACUGCAGUCAAAACCAAAAUCCUGGGGAAAUGUGUACAAACAGAAACUCUGCAGAAGCAAAUUGAAGAAAAGUAUGAGCAACUUCAGGUGAAAAUCACAGAAAAAGAAAAACAGAUCAAAGCUGUGGAAACAAAGCUGUGCAAACUCAGAAAACAAUAUGAAAUUAAAUUUAAAGCCCAGGAGGAAUACAAGAAAGAGAAUAAAAUGCUUAAGAAACAAAUGGCACAGGAGAUUGCAAAAUCCAGUGACCUUGAAACAACGAUCAACAGCCUUCAAAAUGAGUCCCAGAACCUUAAACAACUCAAAGGAGAAGAACAUGAGAAACUGCUCAAGGCUCUUGAGUCAAAAUCGACUUUUGCAGCAGAACUUGAGAAAGAGGUCCAGAAACUUAGAAUAACAGCAGCAGAAGCCAUUAAGAACAAGGAGGCCACAGAACUUAAAUGCCAGCAUAAGAUUGGAGAUAUGGUCACUCUGAUGGAAAAACAUAAGAGCCAGUAUGACCGGAUGGUCCAAGAAAAGGACGCAGAACUUGAAGAGAAGAAGAAGAAUGAGAUGGAGGCGACUGCUCGUGAAAAAUCACUGGAAUUGGACCUCUCAAAGCAUAAGUCUGAAAAUGAGAGGCUGAAGAAAGAGCUGAAGGCAGAAACAAGAGAGAAGAAAAACCUCAGAAACAAAACAAGUGAUCUGAAGCAGGAAAUGUCUGUUGUGAAAAGCACUCUGCUGUCACAAGGGAGCGACAAACAGGUACAGGUAGCUGCCUCAAACUAUAAACAAGGGAAAAGUUCAGAGGUUCCAAAAGAGAACUCUUCAAAGAGUCACACAUUUGACGUCUUCAAGGCCAAGAAAACUUCCUCCUACAGCAAAGAUGGUCAGAGUUUGGCCACUCGUACAACAUAUGAAUCUGCUACUGAAUUUAUCAGAGCAUCAUGUGGAACACCAAAAUCCAAGUGCAUCAACAGUGAAGACAUGAAAACCCCAAGAAGUCUUACAAACCAUAUUGCUGGAACAACAAAGAUCAAAUCCUACAGAAUAAGGACUCCCCCUUCUGAACAGUCAGCACAGUGGGGAAAGAGCGCCAUUGAACUUGACCCCAAGUCUGACAGCUCAGAUCAAAAUGAUCUCUUGACCUUUACAAAUACACCUGCACAUAAAAGUUCAGAUUCACAAUGUAAACUCCACAUUCUCAAAAAGAAUCAGAGCCCACUCAUUCAUAAAUCACCAGGAAACUCCUUAAAGCUGGCCGCAAUGAAAAGAAUGAGAGAUGCUGGUUGGACAGCUGUUACUGGCUGUGACAAAAAAAAGAAGAAGACCAAUGAGAAGAUUUUUGCCUAAGUAUGGCUGUUAGGUCAGAUUAGCAGUAAUAACAAUAUUGGUAGAGGUGGGUGACUUGAAAUACAGUUCUAUUGAGAAUGAAUAAAUAAUACACGAUUGACUGAAUAACAAAUAGACUAAAAAUAACACAAAAACAUGAAUGGAAUAUGUUUCUAUGGUUCAACUAAAACAUAGUGUCAAUGAGAAGAAGGUUUUGGUGUUAAGAUGCCAGCUUUUAGUAAGUUUAUUUAUGGGUGUUUAGGAUUAAAUUUCUACCUACUACAGAGUCAAUGUCUUUACUUAUGUAUUACUUUGCUGUUGUGCUAAUGUUUGGAAUAACUCAUCUUUAAUGUUAACGUGAAAUCUAAUAUGUUCUAUCACAAGGUUAUGUUGCUGAUCUUUGACAAUUUCUAGUUGUUACAAGUUACUCUGUUAAUAUAUUUAUGUAUUCUGGUGUUGUAAAAAUAAAAGCAAUGUUCUCAAAAA